AUGGAGAACAGCAAAGAAGAGUUGCUCACUGCGCUCGGCAGCAUAAGCUCAGGAGACUUCGAGGGCAACGGAGUCCAGCGCCUGAAGUUUGUGGAAGCAGCGAAGAAGCUUGUUAGCCGACUAGAGACGAACGUGGAGAAGAUAUUCGACAUCACCUUCGCACAGCCAGCUGUCUUUGCUGCGCUGCAGACUUGCCUUGACCUCGGACUUUGGGAGGCCUGGACAGCCGCUGGUGGCGGAGCAAAGUCGGUCGAAGAAUUAUCCAAGUUGUGCAAGCAGGAUGUUGAUCCAAACCUCGCCCGAUCAGUGAACAUCGUCGAACAGACUGGCGCAGACACCUACAAGACGACCCUUUUCUCUUUGACCUUUGGAGAUCGAAACAGUCUCAUGCCACAGUCAAUCCAAUGCCGGACUCAUCACUGGCAAGAUGGAUGCGUCAACUUGCCAAAGUACUUGGCCAAGAUCGGGUACAAGGAGCCACAGGACGCGAAGAACACCAACUACGCCGAUUGGUGCCCGGAGAAGCUGGACUUCUUCAGCAAGUGUGUAGCAGAGCCAGCGUACCAAGAUUCCUUCAGUGGUUUCAUGACCGCAUGGGCAACGUACAAGCUGCCUUGGCCAGAGUUCUUCGACACCAAGUCCUUGGUGGCGGGUGCCGAUUUGAGCAACGGCGGCGUCCUCUGCGUCGACAUUGGCGGUCACCACGGUCUCGACCUGACCCGGCUGCUCAACAAGCACCCAGAUGUGCCCGCCGGCUCACUGGUCCUCGAAGAUCUGCCCGAGGUCGUCUCAGGGGCGAAGAACGUCAAUGGGAAGAUUAAGGUUCUGCCACACGACAUGUUCCAAUCCCAGCCAGUAAAAGGUAGCCUCCUCAAAAGAAGCCGCGCUUACUACUUUCACGCCGUGUUCCACGACUGGCCAGACAAUGUAGCAGUCAACGCGCUGAGGAACACCGCGGACGCGAUGAGGAAGGGGUACUCGAAGCUGCUCAUCAACGACAUGGUGCUGCCUCCAACUGGCGCCAGUGCGACUCAGGCGACCAUGGACGUGGAGAUGAUGGCCAUUGUGUCCGCGUAUGAGAGAACCGAGGCGAUGUGGACCAGCCUCCUUAACGAUGCGGGAUUCGAAAUCAUCAAGAUCUGGGCGGAUGGCCGGGGAAAUGAGAGUGUGAUCGAAGCAGAGCUGGCUUGA